AUAAAUAAAGAAAUUUUAAUUUUAGAAAAUCUAAAACAUAAAAACAUAGUUAAAUGUUUUGGACACUAUGAAAAUGAUAGAUAUUAUUAUAUAUUUUUAGAAUAUCAUGAAAAAUCGAUUGCAGAUUGGUAUAAAGAAAAAUCAUUAACAGAAGACCAGUGCAUCCCUAUAGUAAAAAAAUUAUUAAAGGCUUUAAAGUAUCUUCAUUUGAAAAAAAUAAUCCAUAGAGAUUUAAAAGGAGCAAAUAUACUAUUAAACAAUAAAAAUAAACCCAUAAUCAUUGAUUUUGGUUUAUCUCAUAAAUAUUCAAAAGUUCAAAAUUCAAAAUUUCCCUCCAGGGGAAUUGGCACUGAAGGUUGGCAAGCUCCAGAACUUUUAAAAGUUGAAAGCGAAUGUAGAAGUGCCGUGGAUAUUUGGGGUGUAGGAUGUGUAAUAAUUGAAAUGCUAAAAGGGGGAAACCCACAUGGAGACCAAGAAUCAGAUUAUAGUAAACCUCCACCAUACCCGGAAAAUAUCAGUGUUAAUUUAAAAAAGUUUCUAGACAGGUGCCUACGAAUAAAUCCAUCUGAAAGAGCUACAAUAGGUGAAUUAUUAAAUCAUGCUUGGAUU